GGCGGCAAUGUGGAUAACACGUGGCUUCAACGUGAAAUUCUCCUUCCAUCACAAGUAUUGAAGCCAGCAUAAGAAGCGUAAGCGUCAACCAAAACGCAAAAGAUCAGCUCGGAAAAAAAAGAUCCGUUCCUGCGUUGUGCUGAUUGGCGUGCGAUCUUUUGAAUUCCUUUUUUAUAACGAAAUGGGUUUGUGAUUGACUUUUGAAUCAAACUGUGAGGUUUUUGUCGAAGAAUAUUAGUUUGAUGCGACCUCUACCAAAAUUUGGAAAAUGCUAAAUUUAUUUUUAAGUGUCGAAAACUUGAAAACUAUAAUUCGCUCUAAUGCGACACGGCCCUCAGUACGGGAUUCAAAUUACAGAGGUUUCCGGUAAUAUUACACGCACUGACUCCCCGGACGGUGUUUUUUUGCAAUAUAGAGCAAUAGCAAGAACCCUUCUAACGAUCCCCCGGCAGAGUCACUCAUUUGAUCAGAUGCGCUUUGAUAUUUGAAUCCCGUGGUAAGGUCGUUCGCAAUCAGCAUGACUUCAAAGCCAGAAUGCAUGACAAAACGAAGCGUCCGUCGUCAUGGCGGAAUUUGGUAACUGUUGCGUUCGAACGGGUAAGUGUUUACUAUUCGCUCUUGCUGGUGGCAAUUUGAGGGGAAUCAGUCGACUUUUGUGGAAUUUAUUGACCUUCUUCGAGUGACGACGGUUGGUGCUCGGAACCGGUUCAGGUGACCUGCUUUCCUCAUUUUCAGUGCACACCACACGAACAAAGACAUUCGAUAGAAUUAUGUCAAAAACGAUCUGAAGGGAAAAGGUGGCUACGGAGUAUAGGAACUAAUAUUUCAGUAACAAUUGUUGACGAGCACAAAUAACUCUUGCCUGAAAAAAAAGGGUCAGUGAGGUGCCAUUUUGUCUCUUAGUGAUCACACUGUUUACACUUUGUUUUGGAAUCGUGUCUGAUAGCUCAAGUUCGAUUACAUGCAACCAGGAUGAUGCGUAGAAAGGUUUUUACAUCGAUGGCAAUUUUUGGUGGCAUCUAUACUAUUUGGCUGAUUAUUUCAACAGAAAGGCAGAGAUUUAAAGGUCUCACCUCAAAAGAAUCAUCAUAUAACACAUCAGGAUCAGGAUGGUCAACAAAACCAGAGUCCGUUCAUUCUAUGGCAUCCAGACAAGAAGAGAGAAAACGUCAAGUUCUGGCAUACUGUAAAAAGACGAGGGCAAGAGCACUGCAAGCUAAGGACCUAAAUCAUUUCAUAGUGGACAGCAAACACCGACUGGUCUAUUGUUAUAUUCCUAAAGUUGCGUGCUCCAAAUGGAAGAAAAUCAUGGCGAAACUUGUGGGGUUGACUGGCAAGUCUGUACACAAACAAAAAUUCAACUUUCUCAGCUAUCACUCCAAAGCUGAUAUACGUUAUAUUUUGCAGAACUACUACAAGUUUCUUUUCGUUCGCGAGCCUUUUGAGCGACUAUUGUCAGCGUAUAGAAACAAACUGACCAAUCAAACUGAUAUCUACAAAUUGUACGCGAGCAAAAUCAAGCAAUCUGUCAGAGUAAGACUGGGCGCUAAUGAAACAUCUUCAGCACUUCAUGGAGAAUUUAAGUUCGAGGAUUUCAUAUCAUACUUAAUCGAUACUCACUCAAUAAGGGGGAAAAUAGAUGAACAUUGGAAUCAUUACGAUAACCUCUGUCAUCCGUGCGAGAUAGACUUUGAUUUUAUCGGAAAAUACGAGACAUUAACAGAGGAUGCUCCAUUUGUGUUACACGAGGCGGGUGUGGAUCAUUUAGUAUCAUUUCCUCCUGUCCGUUACACAUCAACUAGGAACAGCUUGGGGGAUUACUAUUCCAAGGUUCCACGAGAAGACAUUAUGCGGGUCAAGAAACUUUACCGUCGCGAUCUUGAAAUGUUCGGGUACAAUGCUAAGAACUCUUUAGGAAGCAUAAUAAAGUAAACAGUUUCUGACCAAAUUAACGUGAUGUCAAAAGUGACCAUUAUUGGACUGUCCAAAAUCAAAAUAUUAUAUUCUCUUGCCUAAAGGGAGGUUUUUAGCUCUUUUUCCUUGUCUUUAUAUUAGAAGGGAAAACUACUAACACACAGAGCUUACUGUAGACUACGAGCACUCGAGUAAAAAAAAAAAUCAGUGGAAAAAGAGUUGAUGGUGGUGCGCCGCAGGGAGCUCUUUGAGACACUUCGAUGUGCCGCUACUUUUCGAGCGCCUCACUCAUGGAGCUCCCGCAGUGCAUCGACGUCACUCCAAGAGCUCCUCGCGGCGCGCUAACACCAAUUUUUUGUCACUGCCAUGAUGGACUUCGCCGAAAUGGAGGAACUGCUCGUAGGCUAGGCUCAUUGUCACUUCUAUUCAGUUCGAUCGUAUUUCCCACCCCACCCCAGUCCUGGUUAUGUUAGAGUUUUUUUCUUCAAUUUUCUGUUAAAUUUUGCCUUGAGAACCAUCAGAUGUAAACUUAAUGGAAAUACUCGGCCUCGAGGACCGGAGGAAUCUCGUUUAGGACAAAUGAAGCCUAAUUGUCACAAAAGGCAAAUUAACACUUAACUAUAAUAGCCAACGGAACAAUUGUGAAAUGAUUCGAAAGGCUGUUUUUGUGCUCAUGGACAUUGACCUGCGUUUUAUGUCCGUCUAUUGUCCUCGUUUGCCCUGAAACUAAUUUCCUCAUUAAAACUUCAAUAUACUAAAUGA